AUGGCGCAAUCGUUACCUAGCCGUAAAGAACUGCGUCUGCCAGCACCACUCGGCGGCCCGCACAAGCUUUUCGAUGGCUCCUUUAUCAUAGAGUUGUUGCAGGUACCACCAGGGCUAGACGCCACGGUGUUAAUGCGCGCGACCUAUGUCGGUGGGCACGACGCGACAAAGCUCGGGAAGGCUCAUCCACAGACACCUCCACUUCAUAUCCAUUUCCAUCAAGCCGAAUCCUUCAUAGUGGAAUCUGGCGCUAUUGGCACGACCACCACUUACGAUGUAAUUGACACUAUUCACACAACUACCCGCGCCUACCCUCAGAAACCGCCUCGACCUGGGCUUUCGCCACCGCUCCCCAGCCGUACUGCUAAUGGUGUCACUGUAAUUCCUCCUUACACACCGCACACCUUCUGGCCAGUAUCACCAGACCAUCCCUUCUGGUCCACUGCACAAGGCCGGGUAUACGAAAGGCAACAGCCCAGUGGUCGCAACUCAGAUACAACUCUACUUAUUUGGGGACAUCCAAAAACCCGGAAUGAUCCUGCAAAAGGAACACUUACCACGGAUUUCCCGCCUGAUAUGGAUGCCGCUUUCUUCCUAGCGCUUUUGUCGCUUGUUGAUGCGCUCCACGGGCAACGCUUGAAUAUGAGCCCUAGCCUAGGUGCCACACUAAUGGCAAUGCAGACUGCAAGCGGGGCCUCUCUGUUGGUCGCCCCGACAGCAUGGUGGCUUGGUCCACUAAGAUGGGCUAUACCUUGGUCGGGGCAGGUGGUAAUGGAGUGGAUUAGGAGAGUAUUUGAUGGGAAGAGUCCUACACAAGUUGUUGAAGAAACCAUUGAAAGGGAGGUUGUUAGGAAACGCUAA